CAAACAAUGGGCGUUCACGGACUGUGGUCCAUUCUGGAGCCAGUAAAAGCACAUGUCCCACUGCACAGCCUUGGUGGGAAAACCCUUGCGGUGGACCUUAGUAUUUGGGCCUGUGAAGCACAAACUGUUAAGAAAAUGGUUGGAGUAGUAACCAAACCUCAUUUAAGGAACCUCUUUUUCCGUGUGUCCUCCUUGAGUUUGAUGGGUGUGAAACUGGUCUUUGUAUCUGAAGGUGAAGCCCCAAAACUUAAAGCUCAGACCAUGAACAAGAGGAAUGAGAUGCGCUAUGGGCCAUCCACCAGUUCUGUCCCUUCAAGGCCUGGACGAUCCUAUUUUAAUACAGUUUUAAAGGAGUGUCUUCGGCUUUUGGACUGCCUUGGAGUCCCAUGGGUUCAGGCUGCUGGAGAAGCCGAGGCCAUGUGUGCUUACCUAGACGCUAACGGGUACGUGGAUGGAUGCAUUACAAACGAUGGAGAUGUCUUUCUCUAUGGUGCUAAGACGGUUUACAGAAAUUUUACCAUGAAUGUAAAGGACCCUCACGUGGACUGUUAUGAAGUGUCCUCCAUUCAGACAAAGCUGGGACUGAAUAGACAUUCGUUAGUGGGCUUGGCUGUUUUCCUGGGCUGUGAUUAUAUUCCAAAAGGAGUCCCAGGAGUUGGAAAAGAGCAGGUCUUGAAACUCAUAGAAAUGCUAAAAGGGGAGAGCAUACUGCAAAGGUUUCACCAAUGGAAGAAAGAGUUUGCUGAUCCCACAACACUCCCCAAAUCCACCAAAAAAGUGGUCCAUUGUUCUGUUUGUUGCCAUCCAGGUUCAGCUAAAGACCACGAACGAAACGGUUGUCGAUUAUGUGGAAGUGAUCGAUACUGCGAGCCCCAUGACUACGAUUACUGCUGCCCUUGUAACUGGCAUAAAGCACAGCGAGAGAAACGCGACAACGCUGUGGAGUACAACAUUAAGAUGAAAGCGAAGAAAUGUGAAGGUUUUCCUUUCUACGAGGUCAUCGAUGAAUUUCUCAGAAAUAAAAAUAAAUUGAUAAAAGUGAUCAAGUGGGUCAGACCCAAUCUUUUACAUUUUCAGAACUUUACGUUGGAGCGAAUGGAGUGGCCAAAGCAUUAUUCAUGUGAAAAACUGCUGGUGUUGCUAACGUACUAUGAUAUGAAUGAAAGAAAGCUUGGCAGAGAGCAUGCCACACAGCUGCAAGCCAUUCGAAUUGUGAAAAACAGGAUCAAAAAUGGAAUUCCUUGCUUUGAAAUAGAAUGGGUAAAACCAGAUGAUUACGUUUUUCCCGAUGACCAUCCUUCAGAUUUGCCAUUAGUGACAAUUGAGGAAGGCUCUCUGUUCCAAGCUGCGUACCCUGCGAUAGUUGAUUUGUAUCAAAAAGAAAAAGCUGAAGAGGAAAUCAAGAAGCAGAAAAGCAAGAAAACAAAGCCAAGGACUAAACCUAUUUCUGAUCUGGAUGAUGUUGCUUUAAUGUUGUCUGAAAUGGACUUAAAACCUUCUUCGAAUGACGCUACUCCACCAGAUUCUGCAGUGGAUGCUGCUGAAAUUUUGAACUGUGAAAAUAAUGUUCUAAAAUUCACUCUCCGCUCUUCUGAUUUACCUAUUGUUGAAGAUCCUUUAGUGAAUAUGAUCGUUUUGAUAGAUUCCGAAACCGAGUCUGAGGUUUUCACUCCACACAUUGAUAAUGGGAAGAUUCUCGGUGAUGCUUGCUGCUCACCAGCGCAGUGCAGUAGCCCUCCCAUAACCGCACAGUCACCUAAUGUCUCCUCUGUGAUUUCAGAGCUUCAGUUGAGCGGCAUUGACUGGGAUGCAACGUCUUUUGUCGAGUCCCCUCAAACAGUAGCCCGUACUGCUGGGGUGGAUUGUUCAAAGCAAAAUAAACAUGACUCUUUAGAUGACAAUCAAUCUACUAACAAUAUAAAAAUGGUUGGCCUCAAUGUAAAUGGGACCAUAAAGGAAAUGCCUGCAUCCACUGGUGUAGACAGCAAAUUUGUGACCUCUUCCAAGGAAGACUCAAAACUGGAAUACCAAACGUUAUCAUUAAAAGAGAGAAUACUUUUAAAGAAUGCUUAUCAGUGUGGCGUCCCUUACCCUCAAACUCAUAUUGACAAAGUGUAUUCCCUUGCCCCUCUAAGUCUCCACAAGAGGGAAUCUUUAGAUUUGAGUUCUAAGAAAGCUGGCCUUCCUUUGGCUGAUGAAUGUGCAAAGGAAAAUAGGAAAGUGCAUGAACUACAUGCAGAAACAACAAGCGUAAAAAAAGAAAAGGUUAUAUCCAUAAUACCAAUAGUCGGCUCAAUCACAAAGGCUCAACCUUUGGAACUCUCUAACGCAAAGCCAUGUAAUUUUGUAUCAGAUGUCAAAAAGACUGCUUCUGUUCCUGUAAAAAAGGCCUACACUUUUGUGAAAGAUCCGAAGAAAAUGCCCAUUGUGCCCAUGAGAGCGCUUUCGGCAGGAAAUAUUUCUACGAAACCAACAAGCCAAACAGCUGCAAAAGUAUCUGUGAAAAAGACUGUCUGUCAGAAGACGGUCUCAUCUAGUGAAGACAGUGAGGCGGAGGAGAAACCAUGGUGGAAACUAACAAAGAACAAGAUAUCAAGUGCCCUGAAUAAGGACAUCCCAAAAGACAAAAGUGACAAACUCAAAAUACAACCAGCCGUGAACAAACAAGAUGUUGCCAUGAAAAUGCAUACCAACACUAAUACUCAUCACAAUUACAAUACAGAACUUCUGCUAAGCCCUCCUGGAUCUAAGACACCAAGUACGGAAACUCCUGGAGACGACAGUGAUGGAGAUGACUCUCUGAUUUCCGUGGACAGUCCAUUACCACUGUCUGAAAGACUUAAACUAAGAUCUAUGCAGAACAUUUAAAUUUGCUAUUAAAAUAAAUUUAUCAAUACAGCUGAAUUUUUUUGAGUUUGAAAACUGUAAGUAAAGAUGGUAAAAUAAAGUUACUGGCUUCCAAUAAGACUUACCAGAGAGUGGGC